AUGACCACGGAAUCCACCCAGAGGUCUCUUCAACUCGUGCAACAAUUUUCUCAUGAUGGAAUCGGUCCCGAGUCGGUUUUAUUUUCAAAUUUGCUGUUGCUUGGAUUUGAUCCGAACGCAUAUGAGGAAAAGUACAAUCUUGCAUUCCACAAAGACAUGUUCAAAAACACCAACAUCAAAGGCAUGGAAAUCAUCAUGUAUUUUCUAUUUAGCAAAUUGGAUAUGAAACGAGCUGAGAAAGAUUUUCAACAAUUAUUUCCCGUAUCGGAUAAGAAACAACGAACAGCUUUUCGAUCCGUAGCAUUGCAAUGGCUUAAGGAAAUGAAAGAUCGAGGUCAAAUUUAUGUUCUAAAUUUGCAGCCCACAUUGUUACAGUCUGCGUAUGGAGAAAAUUUGUACACAUUACUACUUCAAGUAUCGACUCAUGUGUUGAAAACAUGUUUCGAACGUGAAUAUCCUAGCUAUUUGGAAAAGGCAAUCUCUAAAACAUUCUUUUCUAAUUUUGAGAACAUGACUCAAUUACAAGAAACAAAGGCAGCAAAAAAUGUAAUUAUGCUUCAUAUUAGAAACCAAACUCGAAAAUUAGUGCAAUAUGCAAGACUUACUGUUGAAAAACAAGAACGAUGGCAAGAAUUGGCACAAAAUCUAACAAAUGAAUACAAGAGCAUGAAUAAGCAAGAGGCUGAAUUAGAAAUUUCUGAAAGGAAUUUCAAUAGCAAAACAGAUCAGAGAUUAUUUGAUGAUGCCAGUGCCACAGAUCGAUCUAAUCAACUUGAUAAUAUUUCUACUUUAUUUAAAAAGCUUGAAUUGCACCAUGAGGAUUCUACAGACAUGCGGAGUAUCAUUAAUGAUAUUUCAAAUGGAAGAGAUAGUAGAAUGAAAAUUUUCAAAGAGGAUCUUACAAAACAAAACCAGGCUGUACAUUUUGAGAAAUUUGUAAAUAAUUAUCAUGGAAAGUCAAAGCUUAAUCUCCCUCUCAUGGUAGAUAAUUGGACCAAACAGCUCUUCACUCUCCAUACACUGAUAAGGCAUCAUAGCACACAACACACAGAACAAGUGAUAGACAAGAAGAAACAGGCUAUGUCUGUAUUGGGACAAAAAGAUGCUGCAAACCUUGGAAAUUAUUUGGAAAACGAGUCCAAAAAACAGCAACAAUAUCUUAAUGCUGUGACAAGCUUUUCCAAGGAAACGAAUCAAAUUGUGGAUACUAUGGAAACUGACAUUUUGAAAAUGCGAAAACAAUUGGACUCUUCCUCAAUCAUGACUUCUCCAAAAAGUAGAUUUAACAAGUUUUCUUUGACGCAAUCCACCCCAAAGAAGUCGACUCAGAAAUAUACUCAAGUUCUGCAACCUAACAAUGACGAUGCAUUAAUGGAAGACGAUAUUUUUCCUGUGAUUGAUGAAGAGCAAGCCAUACAACAAAUCCGAAAGUCUGUAAGAGAGGUCGUAGAAAAACCACAGCGUCAGCAAAACCAUGUGACCAAUGAUGAUGAAAGAGAGUGCAUGGAUGAUGUGACAACGACAUCAAACCUUCCAUCUCUACUGGAUGUUCAACCGAAUAAUUCUUCCAUCAUGAAUGACAGUUUACUGUCCACAGGGAAAUCUUUGCACGUCAAGCAUGACAAAUAUACUUCCUCUCGAAUACCUUCCUCAACGACUUUUACCAAAUUCGUUCAAAAACAGCCUACCGAUUCAUUAUUGAACCUUAAUGAUCGGCCCUCAUCUUCAUCAAUAACAAACAAAAGGUUAUUGAAAGAGAGAAUUGAUAGUGACUAUACUGUUGAGCUUGAAGAUUUUGAAACCUUUUCAAAGAAUCGAUCGUUUUUCAAGUAA